AUUCGGUUUUUAUUCGUACUAAACAGCAAACACUGUUGAGUACUCACUCAUCCAUCGAAAAAAGUGAUAGAGGGUUUAGGGUUUUUAAAAUCAAAUGCGACUCCUCUCUCAGAUGCACAUGUAUGUACCUUCUUGACUCUUCUUCCUCGCUCGCUCGCUCGCGCUUCUAAUGGCGGUUCAUCUCAAACCCUAAAUCUCCGAUGCAAAAAAAUCAACAAUAAACCAUGGCGGCAGAACAAGCAUUCAAUCCUUCUGAAUCGGAAAAUCACUGUUGCGCUGAGUUGAAGAAAAAGUAUUCCAAGCUUCAAGAAUCACGAAAUGCUCUACGUGAAGCUGUUAGGUUACUUGAAGGAACGGUGAAUAAUUUCCAAGCUCAAAAUGCUAAUCUCAAAACAGUUUCUGCAGCAUACCAGGAAGAAUUAGCGAGAGCGAAAAUUGAAAAAGAGAAAAAUCUUAAAGAACUCAAUGCUAAGGUUUCUUUAGAGAAUGAAGUUUCUGCCUUAAAAUCUGAGAUCACUGCAUUGCAGCAGAAAUGUGGCACAGGUGCUCAGGAAGAAAAUGGGGACGUGAAGUCUUUGAAAGCCGAUAUAUAUGACAGGGAUAAGGAAAUUGAAAGAUUGAAGAAACUUGUGGAGAAAGAAAAGAAAAGGGCUGAUUCUGAGAAGAAGGUUGCCGUGAAUGAAAAAAAGAAGGCUGCUGAAGCUAGUAAGUUAUUGGAAGCAGAGAAGAAAGUUUCUUUGGAUAAGGGGAUGCAGCUUUCCAAAAUCGAAGCAGAGAAGGCUGAGGAGUAUAGGCUUCAGAAAGUUCGCUUGGAGAAAGAAGUUGGUGAAACAAAAAUGAAGCUGGCUUCUGAGUUGUCAAAGUUUGAAGAGGCAAUCAAAAGAGUUGAAACUGAAAAACAGAAGCUCUUAGUGGAGAAAAGGAAUGCAGAGUCAAAGAUGAAAAAAGCUCAAGUGCAGGCAGAGGUUGAAAAACAGAAGGCUGCUAGGGAAAAGCGGCGUGCAGAUGAGGAGCAAGUUAAAGUAGAAGAGCAGAAGAGGCUCGCCAAGGAGGCAAAGCAUCUUGCUGAUCAGAGGUCUCUGGAAUUAUUGAAGGAUAAGAAGGUAAUCGAUGAUUUGAAGCAGAGGAUACAUGAACUUUCAUCACCAAGAAAACAUAAUGAAAUAUCUGGAGUAUCCCCUAAUGUGAAUGCUGAAAGUGAUAAAAUACACUUUCUGAAAAGCAGUUUAGAGCUUGAAAAAUUACGUGCAAAGCAUGCUAGGGAAAAGUUAAAACACGAAAGGAAGAAGUUUGAGCAUGAAAGGAUGAAGUUUAAAUAUGAAGAAAGUUGUCGUAACAUUUUACAGCAUGAAUUGCACCGUUUAAAGCUUGAUUUUAUUCAAAACUACAAUCACCUCAAUAUGCUGGAUGCAUCCUUUUCACCUGUCGCUGGAAGUAUACAUGGACUAGCUAAGUCUCAGAAUAAGCCAAGCAUGCAGAAACCUGAAGUCACGACUCAACUCUGCAGUCUAGGUAUGCCUCAAAUGCACAGCUCUGUUGAAAAUGAACUUUCAAAGCCUUGCAGCAUAAGGAUUGGUGCAUGCGAUUCUUUAAGGAAAAGCAUGCAGAGUCCUCCACUUCUUGCUAUAUCUGAAGGGAAUUAUACUGAACCCAUUACAGGUAUUGGUUCUAAAUUGGAGCCUCUCAUAGGAAGCUCAAACAGAACAUCGAUACAGUAUGCAGUAAAUUCUAGUACAGCAUCUUUUUCUGAUGCACACUUGAUGGGCUCACAGGAAAGGGGUGCUUUGCAAGUUACCACAUCACCAAAAUCAGCUGAGGAGAACUUCAAUGCAAGAUCAAGCAUGUUGAAACCAUCUGACAGAUCAGUUAUUGGUCAUGAUGGAAUAAGGAAUAGGAUUUCUGAUACAAUUGAAUGUGUUGCAAAUUUGUCUUCUGAGGGUAAGAAGUUAAACAUGCAGCUAGAAGAUAAGCUCUCUGACUUAUGUGGUUUAUUGUAUGACAAAAUGAACGAACCCGUUGAAGGAGGGAGAGAGAUGGUUACUAAUCAUAGGGACAAUCUACAUGCAGAGAAUGACAGGCCCCAUAAGAAGAGAAAGAAAUCUCAUAGGGAAAAAGCAGGUACUUCCGUGGAAACAGAAGAUCCAAAAGCCGUAGUCUAUGAGGAUGCAGAUGGCUUCAGACAAACUACCCGUCCUGCAUUAUGUACUCAAACUACUCAGGCAUGCAGGGAGAAGAUAUUUGAUGCCUCAAACAACUUUGAUGAGAUAUAUAAUGGAAAUGUUAUGAAGUUGUUAGUCUUGGAAAAUGCUGUUGAUGAGGAACGCUAUAGCAUAGCGAUGAAUGCACCCUUGUCACCACUAUGUUUUCCCGAGACUGAAACAUUUGCUUUGGAUAAUAUGGAGCCUUUUCAGAAUGAAGUUCUCCACACUGACUUGUUGGACCAAAGAGAUUCCUCUCCUUCAACUAUAUGUGAUGUCAUUGAUGUUGAGAUGAAUUCCAACGUGCAGAAGUUUGAUGCAAUUACAAUUCCUUGUAAUGAACACAGGGCAAAGCAGGCUGUACAAACUGAUGUGAAGUUGCAGAACACUCAUUCUUUGGAAAAUUUAAGGGAUACAUUUCUGGUGGAGACUGAAACUGGAUCUAUACACCAUCAACUUCCUAAUUUUGGUCUCAUAGUAUCGGAUAGGGAGGAUAAUAGUUGCAUAUCUAGGACACUUCUUGCUGCAAGAAAUUGUAUUGCACGGUGCAGUUUGGAUACUCAAACUGAAUGGGCAGUUGGUAGCAUUCUGUCUGCAGUUGACAUGGAAGAAAUAUCCAUACAAAAUGAGAAGCAUUCUGUGUUGUUGACGCUUUUGCUGUUCAACUUCACCAUGACUGCAAUGAAGUUUGGUGGUGGCAACCUACUCCUUUGCUUGAGUUCUUAUGCUGAACACAUUUGUAGAGUUAUGACUGAUGCAGACACAAGAGUUUUGCUUUUAGAAAAAUUUUCAUUGCUGGGGCUGCUCCGCCUUUUUGAAGACUUUCUUAUAGAAGGAAAAGUUAUUUUGAAAAAUGUUGUACCUACUGAGACCUCAUCUGAUAGUAAUUUGAGAAACGAUAGUUUUCUGGAUGGCAUAGACACACUAUGUGCUAAUGAAGCUACAAAUGAGCAGCUGGUAGCGGCGAGUAUUAUACUAGCAUCAUUAUGUGCUGCAACCGAUUAUAUUGGAUUUAUUUCUGAGGCAUCAUAUAAUAUUCUUAGGCUCUGCAGAUGUGAUUCGUUUGUGGUGCUAACUAUUCUUCACAUUUUUGCUAAUCUGGGUGGAAGAACGUAUUUUAACUCGUGCAGUUAUGGCUUGAUGGUGACUGUCUUGAAAUCUCUAGUUAUGUUUAUUGAGGGAGGGAGUGUAUCUGUCACUACUUCUUGUCUUCCAGCAAUAAAUCAGCUGCAUACUGAUCUAUGUUCUAAUGUUAAAUGCCCUUUCUCAGAAGGUGCCGAGUCCAUUGAUGUUGUUACAUCAUUGCUCUUAGAAAAUAUCAAGAAGCAUCCAUUUCAGCAAGAAGAACAGUUUGAUUCGUCCAAUUUCAGAUCCCUUUCAGACAAUUAUAAUAAUGGACAGUGCUCUAAUCAGGAUGUGGUUCCAUGCCAACUUAGUGACAUUCUCUCAUUGUUGGAGCUUGUUGCAAACAAAAUGAGCUGGCAGUGGACCAACACCAAACUUGUUUCUCAGCUGCUUCAUGUACUGGACUCUUGUGCUAUGGAGAACGCCGCGGUUGCUAUCAUUGUUCUUCUUGGUCAGCUUGGAAGGCUUGGAGUUGAUGUUGGUGGAUAUGAAGACCAUGGAGUUGAGAAUUUGAGAACUAAACUGUUGUCUUAUCUAUGCAAUUCUUCCAUGAAAGCACACACUUCUCUUCAAAUUGCUACUGCUACUGCACUGUUUGGCCUUCUUCCUCUUGAUUUAGAAUCACUUUCGCAGACUGAAUUCAGUCUUCCGGCAUAUCCCAGUAAAUCUAUUUCUGAUGACGCUGGAAGUUUAAGGAAGUGGUUUUCUGGGCUAGGGGAACAUCAAAAAAUUUUGCUUUACAGCAUUUUAAGACCCACUGAAUGAUCUUUUUAAUCAAUACCUUUAGAUGAACUGAUGAAGAUUUUUGUUAUCAUUCUUCAUCGAGGUUGCUCAUUGAAAAACUAACUGUACAGAUUAUGGGCAAUUUAGGCGGUUGAGAGCUUUUGAGAUAUGGGCUGAUGUUGCUCUCAAAUUUUGGAUACUAUGUUAGGGAUAAUUAAUUGUUUCCCUAGUUAUCUUCCAGAAAAAGUUAGUUUUAUGUAUGUAAUUUAGUCUGGUAUAUGUACAUUUAUAAAUAUCAGUUUACCAUCCAAAAUGGCGUUUAUUAUCUUAA